AUCUUUCUGUUUUUCCUCAGACGGUGAUGGCUCUCAAGACCACCUGUUGCCGGUCUGCAUGGAUACUGAAUGUAAAAGCAGUGCAAUUUACCUGGCCAGGCCUGGAGGGACAGAGUGGGUGCCGGUGCUGACGGACUUCAAGAGGAAGGAUUCUGUGUGGGGAUUUGUUUCUUCAGACAUUCCCAUCACUCUGCACUUAGGAGACUACAACAUGGAUGGCUUUCCUGAUGCCCUUGUCAUUCUUCGUAACACCAGUGCUAGCAGCACACAGCAGCAGGCGUUCCUGUUUGAGAAUGUGCCGUGUAAUAACGCGAGCUGUCGGCAGGCAGGCCGCAUGUUUCGUGUGCACUGGGAACAGUCAGACCUCAGUGCCAUCCCCAAGGCUGUUGUGGCCACUUUUUUUGACAUCUAUGAGGACGGUAUAUUAGAUAUGAUCGUGCUCAGCAAGGUGGAAGGAAGGGAGGAUCACGUCAUCCACGCUUUGAAGAACAACUUCGAGGCAGACGCUUAUUUCGUAAAAGUGAUCGAUGUGGUGUUUAAUGAGACUGCUGUAAGCCAGAAUGUCUGGCUCUGA